CUCGACCGAUCCAAGGCAACGUGUUCCUUUAAUUCGCUGACUGCCACCGUGUCAAUUUUUCAAGAUUUUGCAUGGUCCUCUGAUUGUGUAUCAAGUUUAUAGAAAGUAAGCUUUCAGAUAUAUUAGUUUGAGUGCUACAGAAGUAUAGAAAAAUGGACACCACAAAAUACUUCUGGCUGUUUUUUUAAUGCAAGGAACUUCAUUUGAUGUGCAUGCAACAAAUUAAACAGGUUGAGUCAGUGAGAAAUGAAUGAACUCCUACCAUAUCUACAUAAUAUAUUAUUUUAAAUAUUUUUAAUAAUGACUCUGAAACAAUUUUUCAUGAAGUGUUUCUAUGUAAUGUGUUCUUCAAGUAACAAGCAACUGUGUAAAUGACCAUGAGUAUAAUGUAAAGUUAAUACAACUGAAGUGUUAGGAAAUUACAACAAGUGUUCUGCAAUACAUGGGUUAUUUAAUGAGUUGGGGGGGAAUCAAGAUCUUAACCAAAUUUACAGACCCCUUGCAAUACGCGCAGCUUACUCACAUGUGCCUAUCCUGGGUGUAAUUUUGGGUGUCACAAUCUUAUACAAACAUGCACAAAAGAGAGUUGACCCCAAAAAUUAUGCGCAUUGUUCGGAGGCGCGUUCUGUAUUGUGUAAGAAAUCAAUAGCUCCCCUUGCAUAAUGUGAAACGCUACAGCUACGCUGAGGUCAUGCGCACAUUUUUAUGCACCGAGAUCAGCUAUUGUCCAAUGAUCUGCCUCCUUUUUGAGAGUGCCUGUUUUAAAUGUCCGGUUAAGAACUGGUCGCUACCCUUUUAUUCCCUUAUUAAUAUUCUUUAUCCCGAUGCAGAAAUCAAGGGGAGGGGGGCACUGAAUUGUGAGUAUUAGUGUUUAUCACAACAAAUUAAUCUAAUCAAGUCAUUAAGCAAUUUAUAUAAACUCUUUGGUUUUCCAAAGUUUUAUUAUUGAAUUAUCUCAGAAUAAAAUCAUUUCCAUUGGAAGCAAUCAAUCAAGAGUGUUUUGUGUGAUUCCAUAAAAAGCAAAGUGCUGGCAUGAUCUAGCAAACCUCAUUAUUGGCUUUAUUUAAUACUUUUCUAGAAUUGUUACAAAAUCAGGGAUGAUUUCUUCGCUUUUAAUUGGAAAUCUUUUUUUUUGUUAACCCAAAACAAUUUUUUUUUUUCACUUGAACAAAACAAUAUAUUACGCAAAAGAAAAAAGCAUGGUAUGAUGUUUGUCCUGUAUACUGGGCCAUUACAUAUACAGGUCAAUAUGUACAUGUUUGUAUACUGCCUUUAUGGACAUACAUUUUUGAUUUGAGAACCCAGGAAGCUUUUUCGUACUCGGAGCAAUUUUGAUCAGAAACAAACCUGUAUAUCAUGAAACUCCACUACGUGUAGGAUCAUUUGCCAUUCCCUGUACAUAACACUAAGACUGUUACAAAAGCUGUCAACUUACGUUCAAUUUUUGGUAAAUACAAUAGACCGAUCCAUUAAGCUCUGCCCGAUUGCGUAUUGACCAAUCACAACCCAUUGCACCUCCAAAAGUCCGACAAAAUAAGGUCCGACAUGCGCGCGCCGUGGGCGAAGCCUAAUGGAUCAGUCUGUUGAUGAAGCUCUUAUCAUUAGCCAGGUGGAGAUAAUAUUAUUGGCUUUUGGUUUUCUGGAAAUACUGUAAAUAAAAUAUGCGCUCUCGAACAGGCUGGUCCUUGAGAGAGCGCAAUACAAGUUCAAUAAAUUGUUAUUAAAUUAAUAAUAACAACUAGACAUCAAAGGUUAUAGUUUACAAUCUCAAAGCGCUACAAGAACGACCAUGCCUGAAAGUUUGCCCCGUGUGACACAACUGUAAGUUAAAACUCUAACCACCCCAGGCCUAACUCAUGAAUCUAGAUUAACUUAUGGCAAACACGCCUUCUCACACUCUGCUGUUAAACUUUGGAACAAUCUCCCAAUUAAUGUCCGUAAAUCUUCUUGUGUUGUUACUUUUAAGAAAAAAAUUAAAACGUAUCUCUUUCCUAAAUAGUAGAUUAAAACCCUAACAACCCCCAUCCCAUCAAACAUCAACUCCUGUUGGGAUUUGAUGGAGUGGGUGAGGUGAAGUUGUAGUUUUGGGUAGUUAUUUCAAUGGAUUAGGGGAAAUAUACAAUUGAUAAGGGUAAAUAAACAAUUGAUAAGGCAUGUAAGAUGCUGGGGGUUGUGUGUGCUGCAUUUUUUAUGCACUGAAAAGUGAACAAUGUAUUUCUUGCAUAAUUAUGGCAGACCAUACCAUUUAUUUGCUGGGGUGUAUAUUUAAUUUUGGGGUUAAAUAUGGCAUUUUCAAUAAAAUUUAUAACAAAGGCUAUAUCAUAAUGGAAAGCAUUAUGAUGAAAAGGUAAGUAUUAUGUAACCUUAUGUAAUAAUUUAGUUACAAUGGCAAGUUUUGCUAUAAAUAAGGGUGUUUCUGGGACUCAUCCCCAGUCUUACAUUGGCUGCACUGAGUCAACAUGUGUUCCAGAGAUGUUCGCAAUCUGCAACAAAACUUAACAACUGAAGAAAGAGAAAUAUUAACAGGAAUGGCGAAAUCUAAAAGAAAAACCCGGCCAGAGUCUGAGUAUGGAGGAAAGAUCAAGAAGGGGAGUGGUGGAGAGAAGGUAAAGCCUACAGGAAAAAGUAAAGGAAAGGAGAAAAGAGCCGGGAAAGCCAGGGGUAAAGGCAAGGCCCCUCUUUCUGAUGACACUGCUCGCAUGGAACGGCUCUAUCAAGAUGAGUUGCAGCGUCUCAGGGCGGCAAUACGUGCCAGUAUCAAGGAUGCUGGAUUGAGUAUGAGCAACAAGGUCUAUCGGGCAAUUGUGGAGACAUCAGACAGCGAGGAAGAAGAGUUUCUGGAUAGGGCUGUGUCGGAGGCUACAGCAAUGUCUCCAUCGUGCCAGGCAGUCGAGACGGAGGGAGAGACUUCAGAAGACGAAGGGGAAGAGGAGAAAAGUGUUGAGGAGGAAACGGAUGGGGAUACAGGGCAGGAGGAGGAGAGAGGGCAGGAGGAGGAGAGAGGGCAGGAGGAGGAUACAGGGCAGGAGGAGGAAGGAGACGUUGCUGAAACAUCAACUGCUGGACCAUCAACCCGACCAUCAACCAGACCAUCAACCCGACCAUCGACCUGACCAUCAACCCGACCA